GCGGUGGUGUGCGUAUUUGGCGAUUUGUGUUGGCACCCCUCAAAACAGACACACAACCCAAUAUCCACGCACGAACACACAGAGAGUCAAGCAGAAAGAAGCAAACGCGUUGCCUUGGCCGCCCACGUUCACAUCGCUCGCUGUAGCUGAAGCUUUUGUCGCUUGACAUCCGUCACACCACACAACACACCACACAAACACAAUGAGGGAGUACAAGAUUGUCGUCCUUGGCUCUGGUGGCGUCGGCAAGUCCGCGCUGACUGUCCAGUUCGUUCAGGGCAUCUUCGUGGAGAAGUAUGACCCCACAAUUGAGGAUUCAUACCGCAAGCAGGUUGAGGUGGAUGGGGGCCAGUGCAUGCUGGAGAUCCUUGAUACGGCAGGAACAGAGCAGUUUACUGCCAUGCGUGACUUGUACAUGAAGAACGGCCAGGGCUUUGUCCUUGUCUAUUCCAUCACAGCCCAGUCGACAUUCAACGACCUCCAAGACCUCAGAGAGCAGAUUCUGCGCGUGAAGGACACAGAUGACGUGCCAAUGGUGCUGGUUGGCAACAAGUGUGAUUUGGAGGAGGAGCGUGUUGUUGGCAAGGACCAGGGCCAAAGUCUCGCCAAGAUGUUCAACAACUGCGCUUUCCUCGAGACUUCCGCCAAGAACAAAAUCAAUGUUAACGAGAUCUUCUACGAUCUCGUGAGACAGAUCAACAGGAAAACACCCGACAGCGGCAAGCGGCCAGGAAAGAAGGGCACAUCCUGCCUCCUCCUCUGAGCUCGCAACAACAACAACAACAACAACAACAACAACAACCAACCAACCAACCAACCAACCAACCAACCAACCAACCAACCAACCAACCAACCAACCAACCAACCAACCAACCAACCAAC